AUGGCAAACUACACAGAGGUGAAUGAAUUCAUCCUUUUGGGCCUGACCAAUCUGUGGGGGCUUCAAGGCUUCCUGUUUGUUCUUUUCUUGAUACUCUACAUGAUCAGUCUUCUGGGAAAUGGCACCAUUGUGGCUGUUGUGGUGAAUGAACCCCAACUUCAGACUCCUAUGUACUUCUUCCUAGGAAACCUCUCCUGCUUGGAUAUCUUCUACUCUACAGUUACUGUGCCUAAGAUGCUGGCUGGCUUCCUCUCAGGGAACCAGGCCAUAUCCUUUGCAGGCUGCCUGGCCCAGCUUCACUUCUUCCACUUCCUGGGCAGCAGUGAGGUCAUGCUGCUGGCUGUCAUGGCCUAUGACUGCUAUGUGGCCAUCUGCAACCCACUGCGGUACACAGUGGUUAUGAACCAAUGGUUCUGCCUGUUGCUGGUAGUCAUCACCUGGGCCACUGGUUUCCUGCAUGCCCUGAUACAUUUGGUCAUGACCUCCCAGCUGCACUUCUGUGGCCCCAACAAUGUCCAUCACUUCUUCUGUGACAUAAAGCCUCUACUGCGGCUGGCCUGCAGUAGCACUAGCCUCAACUUGAUCCUUCUUAAUACUAUGACUGGGAGCCUUGUCUUGGCUCUUUGUCUUCUCAUGCUCCUCUCCUACCUCUACAUCAUCUCUUUCCUCCUAAUGAAAGUGAAAUUCCAGGAAAACAGAAAAAAGGCCUUUUCCACAUGCGCCUCCCAUGUCAUGGUAGUGACUUUGUAUUAUGGGACUGCAGCCAUCACUUACCUGUGUCCUUCACUGGAUUCCAUGGCAGAAGAGAUGAUUGUUACUCUUUAGUACAGUGUGGUUACUCCAGCUCUCAACCCCCUUAUUUACACCCUGAGGAACAAUGUGGUGAAAUCUGCCAUGAGAAAAGUCAUAGGCAGAAUUCUAUUCCCUGAAAGAACAUGAAAAAUGGGGCUUGCUUGUUCUCUUGUGCUCUCUUUUCUUGAUCUAUAUAAAUUAGCAAUUAGAUUUAUAUAGUAUGGAAAGAGUGUCUAGUAUCUACUAGAAAGUAGAAUAAAGCAGGCUCUUUUUCAGUAAGCAAGAUAUGCAACUGGAGAUGGAGAAAUUUAUCAAAAAGGAUAGUUUUCUUUAUGCUUUUCUGGGGAAGAAUAUUUGGAGGUAAAUUUAAAUUAGUAUUCCCAAAGAAAAAAUAUGUUAAAACAGAGUUGAGUUUGAUAGCACAAAAGAACAACUCAAA